AUGAUACAUAGCCCUACCCCAUCGCCACGCCGCCGAUCUCACCAUCCCAUCCUGCACUCGCCAACGCCGCCUCCUGCCACUCCACAGCCUGCACGAUCCCCUUUGCCUGCAGGUGUGCCGCCACCUCAACGCUCCCCUCCACUUGCACACGCCCCUCUGCCUUCACCCCCGUCGCCAGCCGCACUCUCCCCUUCCCAAUCUGUUCCUACCAUUCCUCGACCAGCCAUUCCUCACCCGAGCUCAUUCAAGAAACCUGCUUACCACGUCAAGAAGUUCUACGUCGUCUCCCGCGGGCAGGAAGUCGGCAUAUUUUACGAUUGGAACGAAGUCGGCCCGCGGGUGCACCACGUUGGCUCCGCUGUUCAACGUGGGUACCCCACGUUUGAGGAGGCGCUGGCUGUGUAUACGCGAGAUUACAAGGACGGUUGCCUCGAUCCCGUACCAUUUGAAAACGGCCCAUACUGGCCGCAAGCACCUCCGGCCCCUUCAUCAUCGCCUGUCAUCCAGCCCCAGGAUGACAUUACACCACUGAUAUCAGCACUCAGUGUCGAAGAAGCCCACGGAGGUCCACGCAGGCGUAGAUAG